AUGGCGAAGCUAAUGUUUUUGUUAUUGGUUUGUGUCAUGAGUUUGAAAGCAGCAAGUGCCCAAAGUGCAAGCAACGUUAGAGCCACGUACCAUAUCUACAACCCAGAGAAGAUUAACUGGGACUUGAAAGCAGCAAGUGCUUAUUGCUCCACUUGGGAUGCUAACAAGCCUUUGGAAUGGCGUCGCAAGUUUGGAUGGACUGCGUUUUGCGGACCUGUUGGGCCUCGUGGACAAGCUUCUUGUGGCAAGUGCUUAACGGUGACAAAUGUGAGGACAGGGACACAGGCGAAGGUGAGAAUUGUGGAUCAGUGCAGCAAUGGGGGCCUGGAUUUGGACCAGGGUGUGUUUAAACGACUGGACACUGAUGGGCAAGGCUAUGCACAAGGCCACCUUAGGGUGACAAAUGUGAGGGCAGGGGCACAGGCGACGGUGAGAAUUGUAGAUGAGUGUAGCACUGGAGGCCUAGCUUUGGGUGACGGUGUGUUUAAACGACUGGACACUCAUGGGAAAGGCUCUGGCCAAGGCCAACUUAUAGUCAACUACCAGUUUGUCAACUGUGGCGAUUAA